AUGUGUCCCCCACUUGUGCAGGCCUUUGAGGUGGUGCAGGGCGCGCUGGUGCGCUUCUCCAGUGCCGCCUCCACCAAGGUGCCCACCGCGGUGCUGGUGCACGGCAUCCUGGGCAAGCGGCAGAACAUGCUGCCCUUUGCGCGGCGCCUGGUGGAGGGCUUCCCGCACUGGCAGGUGGUGGUGGUCGACCUGCGCUGCCACGGCGAGUCGGCGGCGGCGUCCCCGCAGCUGCGCGGCGCGCACGGCGUGGAGGCGGCCGCCGCCGACGUCAUCCGCCUGCUGUCCGCGCUCAAGCUGUUCCCCGAGAUGCUCAUCGGGCACAGCUUUGGCGGCAAGGUGGUGCUGGAGAUGACCAAGGCGUGGUCGGGCGGCCGCGUGCCGCGCCCCGUGCAGGUGUGGGUUCUGGACGCGCUGCCCGGCGAGGUGCGCAGCGGCGACAUGGGCGGCGCGGACCGCCCCGCGGACCUCAUCUCCACUCUGCAGGCGGUGCCGCUGCCGGUGCCCAGCCGCCACUGGCUCAUCAGCCACCUAGAGGCCUCGGGCUUCUCCCGCACCGUGGCCGCCUGGGCCGCCACCAACCUGGCGCCGCUGGCCGGCGGCGCGCCGGGCAUGACCUGGGCCUUUGACCUGCCGGGAAUCGCGCAGAUGUUCCGCUCUUACGAGUCUGCCGACCUCUGGCCGCUGCUGGCGGCCCCCGCCGACGGCGUGGCGCUGUCGUUUGUCAAAGCGCAGCGCAGCACGUUCCGGUGGGGCGGCGGCGACGAGGCGCGCAUCCGCGCCCUGGGCCACGCCGUGCACGAGCUGCCCGACGCGGGGCACUGGGUUCACAGCGACAACCCGGACGGCCUUUUUGACAUCCUGGCGCCCAGCUUUGGCGGCAAGGUGGACCUCCACAUGCAGCGCAGCCCGCCGGGCAGCCCGCGGCCGGGGGUGGCCAACAACAUCAUGGCCUCCCCCUCGGCCGCCGCCAGCAACCGCCAGCUCCAGGGCCUGAUGAUGUGA